CCCACACGCUGCAGAGCCGUGGGCUGAGCAGGGCGGCCACCACACUGCGCGCGUCGUAGCCCUGCCACGGUGGACAGUGUUGCCGAAAAGUGCACCACCACACCACUGUAGCCGGCGCAUCCAACAAAGUCGUUGACAUCUCUCAUCCUUCACUCUCUCACACACACAUCCACUUCUCCAUCAUGCCGCCUCUUCAGACAAAGGUCUACCCCUACCCCCCAACCCUCGACCUCGCGGACCAGAGCUCGCCCGUUCCCGGCACCCAGGCCUUCAACACUAGCAGCGCCUACCAGAAUGCCAUCUUCAAGAAGGACAUUCUCGAGAAUGUGCCCGGCACAGUCUACCAGAUCUUCGAGGACGGUAAGUCGUGGAGCCGGCGGCCAAGACUUUUGCUUCCCGCCGCGCCGCCGCCGCAAGGCUUCAACUGCCAGCGCACCCAGCUCACACAACACAGCUGUGAACGCCACGCCCAGCCCAACCAGACGCUCUACCGUCGCCGCCUGCGCACGCCGCCCGCCAAGGCCGGCGAGCCGCUCGGCUGGUCGCACAAGACGGCCGACACGACCUACGCCCAGGUGCGCAAGCGCCGUGAUGCCGUCGGCUCUGGUCUGCUCGCGCUCGAGCGUCUCGGCCGCCUCAAGGACCGCCGUGUCGAGGCCCGCGGCGACGCCGGCGCCGACGUCGCCGACCCCGAGCCCACGCCCAAGGAGAUCUCGCAGCCCGGCGUCCCCGUCUGGGGAUCCCGCCUCAAGGCUGGCGCUCGCCGCGGCUGGGGUGUCGGCAUCUGGAGUAUCAACCGCGAGGAGUGGCAGGUCAUCGACUUUGCAUGCCACGCAUACGGCCUCGUUGGCGUGAGCUUGUACGAGACCCUCGGCCCCGACACCGCCGAGUACAUCACCAACUUCACUCCCCUCCCCGUCAUCUUCGCGUCGUCCAACCACAUCCAGGACGUGCUCCGCCUCGCGCCCAAGUGCCCCACGCUCCGCGUCCUCGUGUCGAUGGACAAGAUCUCGCAGGCCGAGCGUGACCUCUUUGGCCAGUGGGCCUCCGAGGUCGGCGUCCUCCUCCUCGACCUCGAGGAGUUUGAGGAGUGGGGAAACUCGCCUGGCAUCUACACCCCUCCCGGCCCCAACCCCGGCCCCGAGGAGGCCGAGAUUGACAAGAACCGCAUCAUGACCAUCUCGUACACCUCGGGCACGACCGGCAACCCCAAGGGUGUGGUCCUCACCAACUGGAACAUGGUCAGCGCUACCAUCUCCAACUGCUACGGUGCGCCCGUCGCCGCCAUGAAGCCUGGAUUCAAGCACUUCUCGUUCCUCCCCCUCGCCCACAUCUACGAGCGUAUCAUUCACUUCAUCCUCCUCCGCGCCAACGGUAUCGCCUGCUUCUCCACUGGCGACGUUACCCGUCUCCUCGAGGACGCUCAGAUCUUCAAGCCCAACCUCUUCGCUGGUGUCCCCCGUGUCUGGAACAAGAUCUACGCGGCUAUCAAGCUCCAGAUGCAGGCUCCUGGCGUCAAGGGUGCUCUUCUCCGCCGUGCUGUCGACGACAAGCUCCGCAACUGGCGCGAGACCGGCAGCGUCACCCACCCCCUCUGGGACCGCCUCGUCUUCAACAAGAUCCGUGCCCUCGUCGGUGGCGAGGUCCAGUCGCUCGUCACCGGCUCGGCCCCCAUCUCGCCCGAGGUUCUCGAGCUCCUCAAGGUCGCCUUCUGCUGUGACUUUGCCGAGGGCUACGGUCUGACCGAGACCUGCGCGUCGACCACCCGCUGCGUUCCUUGGGACGUCGGAUCCGUUGGCACCACCGGCUUUGUCGGCCCCAGCUUCGAGGUCAAGCUCCGCGACGUCACCGAGAUGGCUUACACCCACGCCGACUCGCCCAACCCCCGUGGUGAGCUCCUCAUCCGCGGCCCCAACGUCUUCAAGGGCUACCUCAACGACCCCGACAACACCAAGAAGGCCCUCGACGCCGACGGAUGGUUCUACACUGGCGACGUCGCCGAGAUCGACUCGGCCGGCCGCGUCAAGAUCAUUGACCGCAUCAAGAACGUUGUUAAGCUCUCGCAGGGUGAAUACGUUGCCCUUGAGCGUGUUGAGGGUGUCUACCUCCUCAACCCCAUGUUUGUCUCGAUCCUUGUCCACGCCGACUCCCUCCGCGACUCGCUGGUCGCCAUCACGGUCAUUGACCCUGUUCCCGGCGCCGCCUUUGUCAACAAGAUCCUCGGCACGAGCAUCACGCCCAACGAGACCGACAAGCUCGACGCGGCGCUCCAGGAGCCCAAGGUCAAGGAGGCCCUCCUUGCCUGGUUCGAGGGUGCUGCCCAGGGCGCCAAGCUCAAUGGCUAUGAGCGGAUCAAGGGUGUCCACGCCACUGUUCAUCCAUUCGACGCCAGCCUCAUGACUCCCACCAUGAAGAUCAAGCGCAACGUUGCCGCCGACUUCUUCAAGAAGGAGAUUGACGAGCUGUACGAGAACGCCGCCGCUGCCAGGUCGAAGAUUUAGAGAGUGUACCGACGUGUUGUCAGAUGUUGAACUUUGAAUGCAGUCUUGCUACAGUUUUACCAAA